GAGGAUCGGUGGCUCUUUCCGGAUCACCGAUCACCGAAAGAGCCGAAGAUGGCGGCUCGGUCAUGUGAUCAGCUGUGUCCAAUCACAGCUGAUCACAUCAGUGCCACCUGUCAGUGUCCAUCAGUGCCUUGUGUCAGUGCUAAUCAGUGGCUCGUGCCAGUGCCCAUCAGUGUCACAUCAAUGCCACAUAUCAGUGCCCAUCUGAGCUGCCGGUCAGUGCCACCUAUCAAUGCCAAUCAGUGCCGCCUAUCAGUGCCGCCUAUCAGUGCCAGUUAGUGCCACCUAUCAGUGCCUGUCAGUGCCGCCUAACAGUGCCAGUCAGUGCCGCCUAACAGUGCCAUGUAUCAGUGCCGCCUUUCAGUGCCCAUCAGUGAUGCCUGUCAAUGCCCAUCAGUGCCACCUACCA